AUGUCGAUGGAACACUUGAAAGCCUCUCAGCCGAAUGGAAGCCUAUCACAGAACGAAAUCUCUUCACGACUGAACCACGACUCUACUGGUUUGGGUGGUGCAGAUUCAUCAAACGGUCUCGGCUCUCAGACACCUGUGAGAUCAGAGGCAGCGACAUUCAAUCUCCGGGUUCUAAAAAAGCUGCAAAAGGCUUAUGAAAGCGACCCUGAGGUAAAUUUGCAGCUACUAUUUCCCGAAAACUACUCCGAUCGACUUGAAGCGAGAAUCAAAGACAACGAGCAGAAUGGUGAUCCACCAGCACAGUCUUGGCCUGAUCUAGAGCAGAGAGGACCUAAUCAAACGCAAGAUGCAACUGAUCAUGACAUCCGCUCAAGGUUGGAUCCCGACUAUUCAGUUGAAGUCAUGUAUCCGUUGUCGCCUUCUACGAGAGAUAUUAUUGCCUCCUAUCAGCAUAUUGAUGAAAAAGAGGACCUGCGCGAAGGUGUUAUCAAGAUGUUAGCCACAAGCGAAGUCAUUCACAGAGGCCCAACACCUGCUUCGAGCGUGGUGUUCAGAUGCAGCCCGAAUGCAGUGGUAAAGGUGAUCUGGAAUGCCGAGGAUUAUACCGAGUACACGAUGCUUCAGUUCCUCAGCGAGCAGGCUCCUGACGUUCCGGCACCAAAGCCUCUGGGAGUCUUGAAGAUUGGUCGACUGUCCUUGAUUUUUGAAUCUUACAUUCCCGGACAGCAGCUGAGUGAGGUUUGGUCGAAUCUGACGCCGCAGCAAAAAAAUUCACUGAUGGCUGAGCUCGAGCUGAUCCUCCGCAAUUUGCGAUCGAUCAGUUGCCCACAGAACCAGCCCCUAGGUGGGGUUGCCGGCGAAGGCUGCAAAGAUCUCCGACGACACGUCCGGCGGAACUCAUCGCCUAUUUACACCGUCGCUGAGCAUGACAAUUUCCUAUUUUCGAAGGCCCUGUUCGGCAGCGAAACCUACCUCAACCUCUUACGCUCUCUUGCCACAGAUGAGCCGGCGAAAAUUUGUCUCUCUCACGGCGAUAUCCGACCAGACAAUAUAAUAGUUCAACAGAAGGAGAACAGCUUCUUUACGAUAUCUGGGCUUGUUGAUUGGGAAUUUGGCGGCUAUUAUCCAAGCCAUUAUGAGUCUACGAAAGCCACAAACUGUCUUGGUACGGAUGAGAUGUCUGAUUGGUAUAGCUAUUUGCCGCCUUGUAUAUCUCCCAGUCGACAAGCACAGAGAUGGCUCCUCGAUUAUGUGAUGGGUUGGCUGUUGGAAUGA